AUGUUGCUAUGGAGACAACAAGAGCAUAGGACUGUAUACAUUUCUUCUCGGGACACGGAUGAGAGCAUUGUGUCGUCUUACUGUCACUCCAUGCCUGAACCUCAUGCAAGUAUUGUGCCUAUAAUACAAGAAGUAGGGUUUGGCGGUGUGGCUAAAUUGCGACAUCUAAAGGUUGACCAUGGUUUAGUGACUGCCUUGGUAGAAAGGUGGAGGCCUGAAACACACACAUUUCAUUUUCCAACUGGAGAAUGCACCAUAACCUUGCAAGAUGUCUCACUUCAGUUGGGGCUUCCCGUCGAUGGACCCCCUAUCAUUGGUCCAACUAUGUUGGAUUGGGACGAGAUGUGUGAUACCUUAUUAGGUAUAACACCGGUUAAGGGAGAAUCGAUUGUCGGUUCUAUGAUCAAACUAAAAUGGUUAAGGGAUAAUUUGUUGCCUAUAGAUGACAAUUCUAGUAUUGAGGUCAUUCAUGCACAUGUUAGAGCUUAUAUAUUAGGACUUAUUGGAGGGGUUUUAAUGCCUGAUAAGACUGGCAAUAAAGUACAUUUAAUGUACUUGAACUCUUUGACUAAUCUUCAAAGAACCAAGAGAUAUAGUUGGGGUUCAGCGUGUUUGGCUGUCUUGUAUAGGGAGAUGUGCAGAGCAACAGAUGGACAUGCGAGGGCUAUGGGUGGAUGUGCUUCAUUGUUACAAUCAUGGGCAUGGUUUCGGAUGCCCUUUAUCGCACCUAUUUCAAGAGUUCCACCAACUUUCCCGCUAGUUUGCCAAUGGAGCGGCGGUCGAGUACUGAACUACAGAAAUGUCCCCCACAAUGAUUUAGUUGGAUAUCAGGCAAGGAUAGAUCACAUGCAACAAAAUCAGUUUAUUUGGGUUCCUUAUAAGGGUUUGGGCUCUAUUAUUGAUGUUGAAGCAUAUCGGGACCAAGCAAUAUGGACGUCAUGCACAACUUUAAUUUGUUUUGCCAUUGUGGAGUGGCACCAGUUAGACAGGGUGAAGUUACAAUUUCGGCUAUCACAAGAGAUCCUUGAAAAACCCAACAACCUUGAUCAUCUACAUAAAUUAGACAUGAGGGGGAGACAAGAUGAGAACUGGGUUACUAGACAUGCGCAAUGGAUAGAGGUUUGGAAUAACCGGCGUGACCUAACAUUGAAUGGAUUACCGAUGCUUGGGCCACUUCAACACACAAUGGAGUACAUGUCAUGGUACAUUUCACACUCAUUUUUGUAUUUGUCAAUUCCGUAA